ACGUCUAAGAAUGUACGGACAAGGACCUGCUCUGUUUCUCGGCGAGUUUUUCCCACUUCCACCUCUCCGUCCCUGCCGAGCUGCGGCGGCCGCAUCGACUGUUAGGGCGAAAAUCCGUUCUAGUCUCUCGGCGAUUUUCGGCAGGCGGAGGCAGCAGGAUCUGCGGGAAGGAUUUCGUGUCGAGAUGGCUGGGCGCAAGGAAACUGCACUCGACCUGGCGAAGUUCGUCGACAAGGGCGUCCAGGUGAAGCUCACCGGCGGCCGCCAAGUGACAGGAACUCUAAAGGGAUAUGACCAACUACUCAACUUAGUGCUAGAUGAAGCAGUUGAGAAUGAAAGAGAGCAAGAUGAUCCAUUGAAGCUAUCAGGGAAAACUAGACAACUUGGCCUCAUUGUGUGCAGAGGCACGGCAGUCAUGCUGGUCUCACCGACUGAUGGGACUGAUGAGAUCGCCAACCCUUUCCUCGCGGACGGAGCAUAGCUUGCACCCCUCGGAACAAUAUGUCCCUGUGGGAAAAGAACCGGUUUCUCGUGUAUCUGUUGUAUCGUGUGCAGCUGUGCGGCUUAUUAGUGGUGUUUAAAUGCACUAGAUCUAAUAGUUAGUGACUAAAAUUAGUUGGAGACAUCCAAACAUCCUAGCUAUGAGUUCAAUUAUUAGCUAUUUUUAGUAAAUUAGUUAAUAAUUAGCUA